AUGUGUAGAAGACGCUCCCGCUUCGCGACGAAGGAGGCCCAUAGUGUUUUGAACGUGCUGAGACCGCUUGUUGAAAAUGACACCAUCCAUUCUUUCGUCGUCGCCAUAGAUGGGCCUGCGCCAGUGUGUUCAAAGGCUGCCACGCUUGUCGAGGAGGCUGGGGGGGAGCUUUUGGGGAAAGAGAGCUUGGAUGCCGCUCUGGCUUUUUUAACGGAAGGGGAAAAAGAGUCACGUCAUCCGAGUGAGCAAGGUGAAAAUGCCAACGUACUAGCAUGUUCGGCGAGGGAUGGAACGGCUGGUACUAUCGGGGGCGCUGCUCGCAAGGAAGGAAAUACAUCGAGACUCAGAUUCCUUAGUAGGCAGCGCCGGAAAGAUGCGCAGAAGCGACGCCGCCACCAUUUUGAGCUAUGUGCGCACCAUCAGCCUGCUGGUGAUCAACCGAAGGCGAUCAGCUUUCUGACUGAUGGCCUUUUGGAAAAGGGUAAAUCGUUCCAGACAUUGCACGGAGUCACUGGGUCUGGCAAGACGUUCAUGAUGGCAAACAUUAUAGCAAAAGCUGAUCGCCCAGCUCUAAUUCUUGCGCCAAACAAAACACUUGCCGCUCAAUUGUGUAACGAGCUUUCCAAUCUUUUUCCUAAGAAUCGCGUUGAGUUCUUUGUGUCGAGCUUCAAGUUUUAUCAGCCAGAGGCCUAUCUACCCAACAGCGACAAGUAUAUAGCGAAGGCGUCUGCCAUCGAUCCUGAUGUAGAUCGCCUUCGCCAUGCGGCGACCAGGUCGCUCUUUGAAAGAACGGAUACCAUUGUUGUUGCAAGCGUAAGCUCCAUAUAUGGUUUGGGCCUACCAACCGAGUAUUUGGAGUCAUCCAUUCGGAUUCACGUUGGUGACAAGCUGGAAGGUGGCGUCAGCGAACUCACCGAGAGUUUGGAAAAUGUACAAUACGUAGAAGCGAGCGGGAAAGGUAUCACUCCAAGAGGAUCUUUCAACGUAACGUCGGACAUAGUCGAGAUUGCUCCACCCUGGGAAGCAGAAGGAAUUCUUUACAGGAUCCUGUUUGACAACAGUGUCAUCGUACGGAUGGAAUUUCUCAAUACGAACACGAGUGAAAGUAUCGAUCUCGGACACGAAGUAGUUCUUUACCCCGCUAGACACUUUGUGACCCCUAAGGGCCAAAUAGAAGCAGCUAUUUUGCAAAUUGAAGAGGAAACGAAAAAGUGCACAACUGCUUUUCGCGCUGAAGGGAAAGAGCUGGAGGCCUCGCGCUUGGAAGAAAGGGUAGCCACAGACAUGGAAAUGAUGAGAAAGGUUGGCUUUUGCAGCGGGGCAGAGAAUUACUCCUUGUAUCUUUCAAAAAGGACAAACGGCAUCACCACGAGCCCCCCUCGAACCUUGCUUGAUUACAUGCCUCGCGACGGGAAAUGGCUGCUUUUCAUUGAUGAGAGCCAUGUGACUGUUCCCCAAUUGGGUGCUAUGUAUGCAGGAAACGCAGCGAGGAAGAAGAAGCUUGUGCGACACGGGUUUCGACUUCCAUCUGCUAUGGAGAACAGGCCGUUGAAUUCAAAAGAGUUUUGGGAGAAGGCUCAUCAAACGAUAUUCGUUUCGGCAACUCCCGGAAAUCUUGAACUUGAACGUAGUGGAUCAAAUGGGGUAUGUGAAGCUGUUAUUCGCCCAACAGGGAUUGUGGACCCCUCAGUAGAGGUUGUCCCCACCAAAGGCCAAGUUGAACAUCUUGUGUUGGCGCUGGCGAAAGUUGCUGCCGCCGGUGGACGAGCAAUCGUGACAACAUUAACCAAGCGGUUUGCAGAGGACCUUGCAGACUGCAUAAGCCGCAAGCCAGCAAUUCAUGGGGUGCUGGAUAGACCACUGCGCGUGUCCUUCUUGCAUUCUGAAAUUGAUUCAGUUGGACGAAUGCAGGUAUUGGAAGCGAUGCGGGGUGACAUCAAUUUGGGCAGUGAAUCGUCGGCGCCGAAGUUGGAUGUCAUUGUCGGGGUGAAUUUGCUGCGCGAGGGAAUAGACUUACCUGCAGUCCGCCUCGUUGCGAUUCUCGAUGCAGACUCUGAGGGCUUUCUAAGGGGAGAGACCGCUUUGAUUCAAACCAUUGGAAGAGCUGCACGCAACACGGAGGGCCAUGUCGUCAUGUAUGCUGAUACAGUUACGUCUUCAAUGCAUCGGGCAAUAACAGAGACACGAAGGAGGCGCCGUUUGCAAAUGGCUCAUAAUUCCAUUAACGAUAUUAUCCCGAGUGGCGUGGGUGCUGGGACACAUCGCUCCCUUAACGCUGAAGAGAAGACGCUCCUUGACAGAAUACGAAAGCUAAAACUUGAGGCAGGCGAGUCACUAAAAGAGAAAACUUUUGGAAAGAUCUCAGACAAAGCAGUUCAAGAACGAGAUCAUUUCAAGUUUGCUGAAGCACCCGCGGAUCUCACAGACCUGGGUGACGUGCGUCAGAAAAUGUUGAUGGCCGCUAAUGCCGAAGAUUUUGAGACGGCGGCCCUACUACGGGAUCGUUUGGUCAGUCUCGAGCAAAGGUGACGAUACGCAGAGCGCUCUGAGACCAGUGCUUCGAGACAUCACAAGAAAGGCGUAGUCCUCUUCAUCCAGGUUUGGAGGUCCUCAAUACUGUACGAAGUGCUUUAUUGGCAUAAAACAUUUUACAACUCGCUGUGUCCACCCUUGGUCAAGACUUAAUGACAUACAAGUUUUACGCAAAGGGAUUUUGCUUACUGUUCGUUCUGGGUGUUGUUUUCGCGUAGAUACCAAUAGGCAAUUAGCAAAAAGUUUCGUCAUGCGCUC